AUGGCCCGCAGAGCGUCGGUCCGCGCGUCGACCCGUGCAGAGAGCCCGCCGCUGACCAAGGAUGACCUCUCGACGCGUGAAUGUCUCGUUCUUGCUCAAGCCGUCUUCGAACUCGGCGGCCAUGAGUGGCACAAAGUCGUCCAGAUUCUCAACGGCCACAGUCUUAUCCAACGUCCAGAGUCUGCCUUCACCCCCCAAUCCACCGAGGCUAUAUGGCGCGCUAUGAUGACCGACGCCGGCGUCCAGUUCAGCGAAGCUGACCUCGAGAAGAAGAAAAACCUCCCAUCACGUCGCCUUGCGCAUGUCUGGCACCAAAGGCGCAUGGCCGAGCUCAAGGACCACAUUGCCGCCGAAGAGACCCGUUUCAAAACAAUUGCUGCUGAGAUCGUCGCUAUCAGAAGUGGUGCAUGGGACGAGAAGAUUAAAGCUAUGGUUGAACCUGUACCUGCGCCUGCACAGGACGAGGCGCAAUCCGAGGCUGAGGAUGCGGAAACACCGUCCUCCGCAGAGCCCAGGCAGUUCACUGCCCAUACGCCACCCGCCACUCCCUCAGCAUCCCCCAAUCUCAAGACACCAUCUACGCCACUUCGGCAUGCACUUGAAGCGAGCCAGAAGCACAUUGACGAGCCUGCGGAACCUCUAACGCCAGCCGAGGGGGACUCAGUCGAUGUCAUCAUGACGAUCGGUGAUGAACACCCGAGUGUACAUGCGUCGCUACCAGACGUACUUAGGUCCACGAAGAGCGCCCUACUGCAGGAUGCGCAAGACUCGAUAUCUGACGAAAGUGAUGCGAUCGAACGCUCCGCAGAGCAACCCGCCAGCGACGAGGAACCGGCACCCCAACUGUCAGGCGCGGAAGAUGAUGAGACUGAGGAUAUGCGCGAGGAGAAGGAGACGAGCCCGGACAUUCCUCUCCAGCAGCAGACGCCGGUGCCCGAACGGCGAAUAACACGACAAGGCAAGCGCCGUGCUUCCGAAGCUGCUAGUGAGCUCUCUGAGUCUGUCCGCGAUCGCAAAAAGCAACGGGAAACCUCCGCUGCCGAUGAGGAUUCAGACGAGGAUCCUGUGACAGCCAAGCGUCGUGCUCAAGACGCAGCGAAAAAGUUCGAACGGGUCAUCAUGAUGUUACAUGCUGACAUCUCAAACCACCGCAACGGUGCCAUCUUCCAAAACCCAAUCAAGCCGUCCGAGGCGCCAGACUAUCAUGAGAUCGUAAAGAGACCAAUGGACCUCAAGACAAUGAAGGCGCGCAUCAAAUCGGGUCAGAUAUCGACGAGCACCGAGUUUCAACGCGAUAUCUAUCUCAUGUUUGCCAACUCUAUGAUGUACAACAAGCCGAACUCAGAUAUUUAUGGCAUGGCGGGAGAGAUGAUGAUGGAGGCUGAGAAGAAGAUUCAAGAAUUCAGACAGACCGAAGUUCUUCGCGGGGGCUGA